AAACCCUAUUUGCUGUAUCAUCCUCAGAAGAGUAAAAAGGGCAAGCGAAAUCUCUUUCCCUACACUGUCAUGAGCUUCGUCUCAACGUCGUAAAUCCGAACCCUAAAAUUGAUGACCUGCUCGCUUCGCGUUCGCACUAAAAAAAAAUAGUUUCUUUUGGCAGUUGAACGAAAAUCCAAUUUCUGAAUAGCCGAUUCCGAGCGGCAAAAAAUUCGGAGUUUCAUUGAAAAAGUCGGCGACUUUUGGGGUCAGACCGCCAUGGCCGAAGAAACCCAUUUGUCAGAACCAGAAAAAGGUCCAAACAAGAGGAGGAUAGGGAAUAAGAAAAGCUCUAAGGGUAAGAAAAAACCAAGGAAGACAUUCAGGUUGCCUGAGGAAGCUGGAAACUUUAAGCCCAAGAAAAUAGACAAGAAAAUGAAGAAACUGUUUCGCAAGAGGGCUAGAGAGUACAAUUCAGAUGAUGAAACUGGGGAUGAAGAUGAGCACGAACCCAAGAGCGACGAUGAGGAAGCAAAUGGUGGGCAUUUUUCUUCUGAAGAAGAAGAAGCAGGGGAAGAUGGCGAUGAUCAGGGAAGGCAGGAUUUGAAUGCGGAUGAUGGGGAUUCGGAGAAUGAGGAAGAUGAUACUGUCCAGCCUGGAAUCAUGAAAUUCACUGAGGGUUGCAGAGCGUUUAGAAUGGCCUUUAAGAGUAUUAUUAAGAAGAGUGUUCAAGAUGAUGCUUUGGGACCGGUUUUAUCAGCACAUAAGAAGCUUGUUGCUGAAAAGCUUGCUGAAGAAGAGACUGAACGGAAGGUCAACCGCGAGGCUAAGAAGGAAAAACACUUGGUGGCAGAAAAGGGGCAUGUGAAACCCCUGAAUUAUUUGGACUCACAUGAAAAGUUUCUUCUAGGAGUUGCUACAAAAGGAGUGGUCAAAUUGUUCAAUGCUGUCAACAAGGCACAAAAUGCUCAGAAAGGAUUGAACCCUUCGAGAACUAAAGAUGCAAAAGUGAUAAAGAAGCGGAGGAAAGAAGCCUUCUUUUCAGAAUUAGGCAAGACACCAGCAUUAGCAGAUGUUACUGCUGCAAAGGGUCAGACAUCUUCAGGUCAUGUGGAGGGUGAAGGGCCUGCUUGGGGUCCAUUAUGCGAUAAUUACAUGCUAACAAGUUCUAAGUUGAAGGACUGGGACAAGAAGCCAGAUACAAUUGUAGCUGAUGAACUGGGAAAAGUGUCAGAAGAUAGUAGUUCUGAUGAUGAUUAAUGUAUGGAUUCUGACGUGGACCACCUAUAUUAUUGAAGUUUUUAGGUGGGCUUUUAUGUUGCUUUGUCGCUAAUGCAUAGAAAAUUUCCCUUUUUUUUUUUUUUUUUUUCCCCUUUCUUUUUAAGGCUUUAUAAUGUUUAAUUUCUAUUAUAAUUAUUGUCAAAAUUAAAUUCUUUAAGCUAUAAAUGGUUAAAGCUCUAUAUGAUCUA